AUGGCCAAUCUUAUCAUUAACUUCUCUGCUCUCUUGAUGAUCGUCUUGUUGGUUUCUAAUGGACUCCCAAAGGCGGAAGCCCAAACAUGCUUUAAAAAUGAAGCUCAGGAGGGUGUGUGUCUUCAAGUUGACGGCGGAAGAUUGUGUGACCUUCUUUGCAAGACAAGCGACUUAACUUGGUUCGGGCUAUGUGAAGUGGAAGAGAACGAUAUUCACUGUCACUGCUACGGACCUUGUUAA